UUUGAUUAGCAACGUGAGCAACUGUAACAAAACAAUUUCUCCUCAGGAUCAAGAAAGUGUUUCUGCUUCUGAAACUGUGAUAUAUAACCAACACAUUUAUUUUGAAGGCGGCGAGCAGCGGAAGUAGCGCUGUUGUUUCCGGCGCUCGGCUCGGCUCGGCUCGGCUCGGAGGAGACGAGCAGCAGUAGUAAACCUGUGUGUGAGCGCGGAGGAAAGAUGGCGGCCCCUGCUCUCUCCAGUCGGGCUGGCUCGGCGGGCAGCCUCGGGAACAGCCCCACCAUGGCCGCCGGCAGGCUGCCGCACGGCGGCGGGCCCGAGCUCGACUUCAGGUCUGCGGCCCGCAUGGAGGACCUGAACCGGCUCAUCCAGGAGUUCAGCAAGCACGACCAGCGGGAGUACGACGACCAGCGGGCUCUGGAGAUCCACACGGCCAAGGACUUCAUCUUCUCCAUGCUGGGAAUGGUCCAGAAGUUGGACCAGAAGCUCCCGGUAGCCAACGAGUACCUCCUCCUGUCUGGAGGCGUUCGGGAGGGUGUCGUGGACAUGGACCUGGACGAGCUGAGUGUUUACGCCCGCGGCACUGACUACGACAUGGACUUCACCCUGCUGGUCCCGGCGCUCAAACUUCACGACCGCAACCAGCCGGUGACCCUGGAUAUGAGGCACUCGGCCCUGGGCCACUCCUGGCUCAGCCUCCGCCUCUUCGACGAAGGAACAAUCAACAAGUGGAAGGACUGCUGCACCAUCGUCGACCACAUCAGCGGGACCACCAACUACUUCUUCUCCCCGACACUGGUGGCCGACUGGUUCUACCAGUCCAUCUCCCUGGUGCUGCUGGAGGUGCAGAAGAAGCCGCAGAGAGGGAUGCCGAGAGUUGAGAAGGUGGAGAGGAACGGCACCAUCAUCUCCGUCAUCCUGGGCGUCGGGAGCAGCCGGAUGCUCUACGACAUCGUGCCGGUGGUGUCGUUUAAAGGCUGGCCGGCUGUUGCUCAGAGCUGGCUGAUGGAGAACCACUUCUGGGAUGGGAAGAUCACGGAGGAGGAGGUGAUCAGCGGCUUCUACCUCGUCCCCGCCUGCUCUCACAAAGGCCGCAAGGAGAACGAGUGGCGCCUGUCGUUCGCCCGCAGCGAGGUGCAGCUGAAGAAGUGCAUCUCGUCCAGCCUGAUGCAGGCGUACCAGGCCUGCAAAGCCAUCAUCAUCAAGCUGCUGUCCCGCCCCAAAGCCAUCAGCCCCUACCACCUCCGCAGCAUCAUGCUGUGGGCCUGCGACCGUCUCCCCUCCAACUACCUGGGGCAGGACGACUUCUCCGCCCACUUCCUGCUGGGCCUGAUCGACGACCUGCAGCACUGCCUUGUCAACAAGAUGUGUCCCAAUUACUUCAUUCCCCAGUGCAACAUGUUGGAGCACCUGUCGGACGAGACCGCCAUGCUGCACGCCCGCAAACUCUCCUCGGUGCGCUCCGACCCGGCCGAGCACCUCCGCACCACCAUAGAGCACGCCAAGGCCGCCAACAGGCUGACGGUGGACCUGCAGUGGCGAGGCAGCGCCAACAACUUGCCAUCGCCGCAGUCCGACGCCGGCGGAGAGAACCAGCCAGACGACCGGCUGGCCAAGAAGCUUCAGCAGCUGGUCACAGAGAAUCCUGGGAAAUCCAUCUCAGUCUUCAUCAACCCAGACGACGUCACGCGACCACACUUCCGCAUCGACGACAAGUUCUUCUGAGACUCUGUCCCAGACCUCCUCCUCCUCCUCCUCUCUCUGCCUUCCUUCUCCUCGCCUGGUGCCCCGCCUCCUCUGAAACUUUGUUUUUUACAUUUUUUAUUGUGUUUUUCUGCCACAGAGUGAAGUGACGUACCCGUAUAGUUGUGUCUGCCACAAUUUGUUAUUUUUUUAUUUUUAUUUUUCUAUUCCCUCUCCCCUCUUCCCUCCUCUUUCACUGUGUGCCCUGUGUUUUUACCUGCUGAAUGCCUUUUCAAUAGACAACUGAAUAGCAGCAGGUUGUUCCUAAAACUGAAGGAUGAGACAAAAAUCCACCUUAAGAUGGAACUGCUGUUCCUAAGUUAUGGUAGUGUAAUUGUCAGGGAUCCUGAAAACCUCACAUAAGCUUGUUCAGAGAACAUUUUGGGAUCCCUGAUCCCUGGUAGUAACCAGAUAACAUGAGGUAAUACUUUCCACUUUAUGAAACGAUGCAAUCACUGGGCGGUCAUUGUCACUGAGAAAUAAACACUCGUGUUAUUAACUUUGCAAAAAAUGACACUAAAUAUUCAGUAGAAAGAUCAAAGAGCAUCUUAUAACAAUAAUAAUAUAAUCUUAUACUUGAAAUUACUAAUUUGUAAUUAAGGACAAAUCCUUAUAAUUAUUACAUACCCAGUCUGAGUUAUGAGACGUUUCCUCAUAAUGAAAGAGCGUCUCAGAAAGUAUUUCAUAAUUGUGACCUUGAUAGAAAGUCUUUGAGACACUUCUCAUACUGAGUCGGUAUCUCCUGACUUAUAGGUAACGAACGACAUUUUCAUAAAUUAAAAGCUCUAGAAUUAAUCUCAUGUUUCAGCUUUAGAAUCUCAGGACAUAAUAAAUCAAGAUUAAGAGAUUAAAAAACACGACACUAAAAUGAAGACAUGUUUUUUUUUUUUUUGUCUCUUUUGUGAUUUAAAAACACUAACUUAAAAAACACUUUUCAUAGUCACUUUGCUCUUGUAAACGUCUCUGCAACAGCACAGCGUCGUUCCCGAUUUCACAGCAACCCUGGAACAGCAGCAAGGUUAUUGAACAAGAUUGUAUGCUAUAAAUUCAGGAGUUGGGGAUGCCAAAUGGCACGAAGUCAGUCUCGAAGGUAACAGAGUUCUGUUUGAAGGUGGAUUUUGUCCCUCUGAGGAAUGUCGAGGUCCCGCUGGGGGAUGAUGGUACUAACGUCUUAGAAACUAACUGUAAAUAGAAGAAAACUGACUGAACACUGCUGUGUGUUGGUAGAAAGAGAUAAAUAGACCGAUGAUGAUUUGUGGACUACUUUUCGUCUAAUUUUGCACAGAAUGUAAAAAAAACACCACUUUUCCUCUCGAUGGUGGACGUCGUGUUCGUCCCGAUUCUGAGACGGUGUGUCAUAUCAGUAGACAGGUGCCACCGCUGAAGAAUGGUCGUACUGCACGUUUUAAAUGUGCAUGUUAACCGGUGGAAUAGCACCGAGUACACAGUGAUACUGCAGUAAUACUUCAUCAAAGCCGGAGAGGAUUCUGGUCCAAACAUGCAGCUUGAGAUGUUGAUCUGACCACAUUUCUCUUUUAAGACCCAGUAAAAUUCAUCUCAACGUGAGAUUCCCACGGAGAGUCUGUGGAUGGUGGACUGGGGACUAGUUUUUUUGAAUCUGAGUUGAUCUUACGCCUCCCUUGAGACGCGACACAAUGCCGUUCGUUUUAUAAAUUGAACCUUAGAAAGACAAAGAUAAACGUUGGGAAGGUUAAACUUUAAUGCAAAUGUCACUUGCUUGAAACAGAUGCACAGUCUACUCGCACUACUCGCAACGAAAGAACUCUUAACGAGGCGCUAUAAGAGAAAACAACUGAUCACCUGUCUGCCCUAACAUCGUAUACGUUACUACAUGUUUAGGAACUAAAAUGUGAUUCUCACCGGUAAAGCGAGAGAAGACUUAGUUUACACAACAAACGCCACCGUUGGUGAGUGUGGCUAAACUGACCGUGAGAUGAGUCAGGAUCAGGGAGGAUUCCCACGGCCUCUAAACAAUCAUUAAAGAAAUAUUUUGAUGGUGGAACAAACGCAGAUAUUAACUCCCUCCACAUGUGCUGGGUAGUUACUAGGUCUGCAACAAUUAUUUUCUCUAUUGAUCGAUCAGUUUUUAGGUCCAGAAAAUUAUGAAAAAUAUUGAUCAGUGUUUCCAAAAGCCCAAGAUGACGUCCUCAAAUGUUUUCCUUGGUCCACAACCCAAAGAUAUUCAGGUUACUGUCAGAUAGAAGAAACCAGAAAAUAUUCACAUUGAGAAGCUAAAGUCGACCCUAAAAAAAACGAUCCAAAGCGAUUAAUCCAUUAUCAAAAGAGUUACAACUAAUCGAUUAAUCGACUAAUCGUUGUAGCUUUAGUAGUCACUGUGCAUUUCCCAAAUAAAGCUCAAAGACUUCUCCAGUGUGCAGCAUUGACAUCCAAAAGCACUCGUUCUGAUUCACUCUGGAAGCGUUUGCUUCACCAGAACAGGAAUUUAAAACGUUAGAGAAUAAACUUCUGCGUUACACGUUAAUAUCCAACAACCGCCAAUCAGAGCUAGGCAUGUGAGUUAACACGCCUGGAGGCUGCAGACUCGUGAGAGGAAAGACCUGCUGGUGUUGAACGUUUCUCUGCUGUGGACUUUAAACGCAGCAUCACUGUGUACUUGCAGCUCCACAGUUUAAAUCUCAGGUUAAUCUGCUGCAUUAUGACCAUUAUCAGGUGAAGUGUCACAGAAUAUUCCUUUAGACAUGAUAUCACUGGCAUCUUCUUUCCACUUGUUCCUGUCUGUUUCUGUUGUUUUGAUCGGUGAGCUCUGUUGCAUCUGUACGACCUCGUGUGUUUGAUUUUCUCUUCAGCUGCUUUCUUUGUGUUUUUUUGGUUGUCAAAGGGUUCAGCUCUCCUUCAGUUCGGCCAGCUCAGGAUGCUAACUGAGCGUUACUCUUUCACCGUCAGACUUUAUGUCAACAACAUGAAGGACAUGCACGGAUACUCUGUAAGAGACGCGUUGCAUGUCGUCCAUUAGGCGACUCGGUUUCUCUGGUAAAGAUGGAAGGACGCUGCGUUUUCUUUCAUAGUUUUUACCACAGUUAAUGUCAUACAGAAUGCAACCUGACCGAUACUGGAGUUAAACAAAUCGUUUUAUUUGUUUUUAUUUAUACUUAACAUAAACAACAACAUUGAUACUGAUUCCAUUGAUUUGUUUUUCAAAAUAAAUGUGCAAUAAUCUUCUGUAACAAUCUGCCAGCCGAUAUAUUGCCCAGUUUAUCGGACUAUAUUCUGUCUACAGAAACUAGUAGCAUUAGUAACAGCAGGGCUUAAGGUUUGGAUGCACACGAUCAGUAAUAAGAUCCGUGUAACGCGUCCCUGCAGCUCAGGCAGAGCUGGUUUGAUUACCCGAGGUAAAGUAAAGGAGCUAUGAUUUGAAGUCUCUGGUCCUGAACUGGGCGAGCUGAAAGUGAGAUGAUCCCAGUUUUUGUUUUCUGUCCCAAACAUUUACCGAUAAAAUGCCAAAAACCUGCAGACAUCUGCCCGACAGUGUGAUCUCCAUAUCCUCAUCCUCAAGUGCAAUUAGUGAAAAUACACACACAUAAACACACACAUACGUUGCGUAGCAUUAUGACAGAAAGACACUAAAACUCUGUUGAAACCGGUUUUAAUGACGACACAAAGGCCGCAUGACGCUAAACUGAUUCCACAAACAAACACACACCAUCAAAGUGCCGCACACACACACACCUGCUCCGUGGAAAUGUAAUCAAUGUGUUCUUCUGAGCUCCGUGACCUUUGACCUUACUCUUCUCUCUGUUCAGAACCUUUUGACUGUGAGUUUUUAUUUUCUCUGUAUCUUGCUGCUCUGCUUUAUUCUGAUGAUGGAUUUCUUUAUGCAAUGUUGACUUGGACAGGUUCGCCCUUCAGACGGCAGCUCUUCCCCGACUGCGAAGGGUCUCCACUAUAACUCACUGUACAGUAGAGCCGUCAUGAAGUUUUUUAACCAGAGGCUCUUACAUCCACUUUCACAGUCUGUUACUGUAAAUCUUCUCUCCGCAUAAACUCUUUAUUUGCGCUAUUAGUUGUAAAUAAAGGCCAACUUAUACUUCUGCAGCGAAACUACGCCCAUUCAAGUUAGUGGAAGGCUAAACUGGAAGUUAGUCGGCUCAGUGGAACAUAGAAACCCCACCGUCAACUAACACUUUGGCAGUGUAACUGCAGAGCAACGCAGACACCAACGCAUGAGCAUAAAUGGUCAUGAUAUGCAUAGCGCUGAAGACUCAACGCAUAAGUUUAAAUUGGGCCGUUAAUCAAACCUUCCAGCUUGUUGCCAAAUGCUGUGAUUUGACUCUUGUACAUUAACUAAAGGACAUAUUGUUCGAUUCCGUUAUGUACAUACUUUAAGUAACACAAUACGUCUUUGGUGCGAGUGAUUUGGUGAGAGAAGUAAACCUGGGUGUCAUCUGCAUAGUGAUGAUAAGCACUCUGUUAUCCUGCAGGAUUUGGCCUAGAGGCCCCAGAAUCGAACCCUGGGGAACUCCUCUCAGAUUUAUGAGACAGCAAAGUGUCCCUGAGCAUACAAUCAUUUGGAAACGUCUUUUCAACAGCUACUUAGACAUUUAAGCAGGUUUAGAAGCACAACACGUCAGUGGUCAGCGAUUCAAAUCCACCUUUAGACAUGCCAUUCUGUGUUUGGGAAUUGUUUCCACAGGUGAUUAAAAAAAUCUAAUCCUGAAAAAGUCCAAUAGACAACUGUGAAAGGUAAAUUUCUGCAGAAGAAGAAGCUCUGUUGGGCGUUGGGAGGAGCUGCCACAUGACCGGCUGCUGUCUGUCCAAACACAGUGACUUUAUCUGUAUGUAAUGUGUAACUACUGUUGUAAAUAACACUUGAUAAAUAACUCAAACUCC